AAAAAAUACACUUCUGAGUUUUUUCAGCCAUGAGAAUAAGGAAGCAUGCCAAAAUUUCACCGCUCCACUAUGCUUCUUCCAUAUUUCUCCAACAACACGGUGUCGUUUUACAGCCUCACGUUUGUCAGCUCAAUCAGUCUCCAUGGGAUGUAAUCACAUUCCCUGCUGAAGAUUUACAAAACGAUAAUAUUAUUAACCACCACACACUUCAUUCUCCUCCUCCUCCGGCACCGGCACCGUCUUCUUCUUCUUACAAGUUGGAUGGAUAUGAUAGUUACGCUGUAAAUGGGACCUUUUAUGAUUCUGAACUGAGUAGCAUCACGUCAAUGAAGCUGGAGGUGAGUGAUAAUGAGAGGAAAGAUAUUGAUAAUAUCGUCGCUGAUGUUCCUGCUGAUUCCGGCAAUUUGGAGAAAGAUGGAAAUGAUAAUAUUACAACAAUGUGCGUGAAGAAUGAUGGAAAGGGAUGGCAAUGCAGUAGAGAAUCGAAAAUAGGGCAUAAUUUAUGUGAGCACCAUUUCGCUCAGAAGCAAUACAGUAGUAGCAACAACGAAUCAGUUCAUUCUACUACUACGGCUACUAGUACUGCUGCUGUGGCUGUGGCUGUUGCGGCAGGUGAGACGACUCAGAGUUCUCGCGGCCGCCCACAUCGUUCUAAGAAAUCGUCGAGUUCUGAAUUUUACUAUUAUUCGGGUUUUGGUCCUUUAUGGGGCAAAAAAAGAGGUUCAUCUUCGACUGGGAAGUCUACUCAAGGAGCACAAUCUUCAUCUUCUCAAAUAGAUGAUGAAGUCUUUGAUUAUGAGGACGAUGAGGAAGACGAGUACGACGAUAAUGAUGAUGAAAGAGUUGGAAACAAUAAGCUGAAGAUCAAAAGAACCCGUAAGCCCAUUAAAGCUAGGUCACUCAAAUCUUUAAUGUAAAAUUGUCAACAACAACAAUUUCUAGCUAUAACAUGUUUUGUGAUAUUAUAUUAUCGUAGAUUAU